AUGGACAACAGAAUGUUGGCCGACAAGGUUUCUCAGGUGGAGGGACCGGACCUACACAUCCCCAUCCCCAUUCUUCACGAUUUGAUAGUCUCCUCGGUCGCUCAACAUGGAGAUAGGGUGGCGAUGGUGUGUAAACACCAACCUGCAGACCUCUUCCCGGAGGUAAGCAAGUACGGCAACCCCGGCGUCGAGCCUACGGAGAAGUCUCAUCUUCAAUGGACGCAUGGUCAGCUCCAGUACGGCGCGGACCUUCUCGCUCAUGCAUUGGUCAAGCGGGGCCUGAAUCCUGGGUCGCCGAUUGCUGUUAUACUCAGCGGCAGAGUGGAAUUUCACAUGCUUUUGCGUGCAGCGGUGAAAUUGAAAUGUCCAUUCACGCCUCUCAAUCUGAGAGCACCUCAAAAUCCCAAAGAGAUCAGGCAUAUGUUGACACUGUCCGGGGCCAAAGCUGUUAUUGUGGAGGAUGAAUCAGUCGCCAACAAACUCGAACAGAAUGUACCGGACUUGAUGCGGGAGAUGCAAGUGAAAGCUAUGGCGGGACCAAAAUCCACGACUGGUUCGUACUUGUCACUUAACGAACUUGUGUCAAGUGCUGCAACAGACGAUGAUUUCCAGAGCACACAGCAAGCCCUUGACCAACUUGAUCGUCAGCUGGAGGAUACUGUGUUUAUCUGGUUCACUUCAGGCACAACAGCGCUUCCCAAAGCAGCGCCGCACACCAACAAAUCACUUACCUGCAACAUCAGAUCCUGGGAACAAGCAUUCGGACUGGAUCGCAAGCGACGAUGGCUCCAAAUUCUCCCCAUGAACUCAAUCGUCGGCAGCUCGUGGACACUCGCUUAUCUCAUCCCAGGAGGCAGUGUCACACAUGUUAACUACAACUUCGACGUCCAAGCCAUUGCUACAGCAAUUCAAAACGGAGAAUAUACGGAUGUACUUGCUGUGCCGUCCAUGAUUGACCUCUUAUCCUCCUCUCCAGUUUUGAACGAGUCUUUAGUCAGAGGUGUUGAACGUAUUAUUGUGGGUGGGAGUAAAAUACUGCGGUCUCAUGUCGAAAAGGCUUUUGGUAUCUUGAAGUGCAGGCGUUUCAGUCCCUUCUUUGGUAUGACCGAGGGUACAUCUGUUUGCUCGGAAACUCUACACCGUGUACCAGAAAGUCUAGAAGAUCCAAUUUAUGCGGGUUAUGCCAAUCCGGGAAGCAAGAUCAGGAUCUGCGCACCGGAAGGGGUCGAACCACUCCCCAGAGGCGUGCCUGGGGAGAUAGUGCAAGGUGGUUUACAGAAAAUAGAAAACUAUCUCGGAGGCCAAGGGAAAGACAGUUUUUUCACCGACGGCGGAGAAACUUGGUAUCGGUGCGGUGACCAAGCUAUCAUGUUGCCGAAUGGAAGAAUUGCAAUCGUUGGAAGGUAUAAAGACAUGAUCAUCAGGGGUGGCAUGAACAUAGCUUCUGCAGCUGUGGAAGCCAUAAUAUCCGAAAGCACGGGUAUCGACUCCCAGGUGAUUGGGAUCCCGGACGAAGUCGCUGGAGAGGUCCCUAUUGCGGUAAUCAAGUAUGCAGGCGGAGACACCAACGUUGCCAUCAAAAUCCAGAGAUGCGUUCUGGAAAAAAUGGGUCCUGCAUAUGCGAUAGAGCGGGUGAUCAAUCUAUACGAUCUCGGUUUGGAAGACUGGCCGAAAACCAGCUCUGGGAAGGUCCUCAAGCGAGACUUACGACUGAUGGUUGAGAACUUGCUUGCAUCAACCAGCUCGGUGCAGACUAACCGACCCCAGAAUGGGGAAUAUCCGCGAGACAAAAUGCAGAUUGACGAAGUCCAGCUGCAGAACCUUCUGCUCAAACGCGUUCAAAUUCAAGGAAUCCUGGUCUCGAACAUCGAUGACAAUUUCCACGAUGCUGGCAUGGAUAGCCUGCUUGCACUCAGGCUGGGGAAUGCUAUUGAUCGAGAUCCUGAGCUGAACCUACACUCAAAGCUCCCUGCGGAAGACAUAUUUCAAUAUGGCACCGUACGGCGCCUUGCAGCUCACUUGAUGGCUCAUCUACAUGGGACCAAGGGCCAAAUUAUUGCUUCGUCCUACCUCGACGCCAUCGUUGAUGAAAUGGAGUCCAUGGUUGAAAAAUACGGACGGUUUCGCAUACACCAACCCUCGAGGGAUGCUGUCGCUCAAAAGGGAUCAGUUAUCCUCACCGGUGCUACCGGCUCUCUAGGAGCUCAUAUCCUUGCCAUCCUGAUUGCCAGGGAUGAUGUUUCUACGAUAUAUUGCCCGGUGAGAGGACGGGAACCCACAAAGCGACUAGCAGAAUCUCUCCGCAGGCGGUCUCUCGAGGCACCAAAAUACGCUGAAAAGGUCAAGGUAGUCAGGAUCGAGGCAGGGAAGGCCUGGUUUGAGUCGGACGAGGCUACGAAAGAGGCCCUGCUCGACAGUCUAACUCUUAUCGUUCACGCCGCAUGGCCAGUGAACUUCCACCUGCCCUUGGCAUCGUUCCGCUCUCAUCUGCGUGACCUGCAGAGGUUGAUCCAACUAUCAUUGGAUGUGCGACUAUCGCAGCCCGCUUGCUUUAUGUUCUGUUCCUCAAUGGGUGUUGCAUUAAGCACUCGAGGUCAAAAGCGAAUCGCCGAGGAGCCCAUUAUGGACUUCCGACAAGGCAUGAGUAACGGGUACACCCAGUCGAAGCUUGUCGCAGAAUAUGUUGUGCAGAGGGCAGUCGAAGACUGCGGUGCACUGGCGUGCAAUUUGCGAAUUGGCCAAAUUGUGGGAGACACCAUGCAUGGGAGUUGGAACGAGCACGAAGCCAUACCGCUCAUGAUUCGCUCUGCACUGAGUGUAGGGACUUUGCCAGCUCUGGACAUGGAAUGCUCAUGGAUCCCUGUCGACACUCUUGCCAAAGCCAUUGUUGAAAUUGCGACAUUUCCAGAUCGCCAGCAGCCACCUAGGCUCGUGUACAAUAUGUGUAGCAGGCUCUCUUUCUCCUGGGUGACAGACCUGUUGCCAGCACUCGCAGACGCAGGACUCAAAUUCGAGGCUGUACCAUUCUCGGAGUGGAUCGCGAGCCUGGAAAGCUACAGCGCAACACAGGGAUUGGAAGCGGCGAGCAAACACUGUCCAGCCAUCAAACUGAUCGAUUUCUGGCAAAAGUCAUACGGCGGCAAAGAAAAGCGUCACGAUGGGGGCCUGCAAUUUGACACCCGUCAGGCAGAAGCAGCGAGUCGAAGCAUGGCAUCAACUCCUGACGUGAUCAAAAGUGGCUUGGUCAAGGUCAUGUUGGAUUCAUGGAUGAAAACCUGGGGCGGUCACGAUGAGCAUUCAGCCGAUACACAGUAUCUUGCGACCUCAUUCAUGAUGCUCGAGAGUCCUUUUGCCUCUAGCUAUUCGCCCAUCGCGGCCGGAGUUCCAGAGGACACAACUAAGAAUCCGCACACAACUCCACCACCAGUCUCCGACGAUGCAGAAAACACUGUGAACGCGUCGGGGGUACCUGUGAGAGAUGCCGGACGUUGGACAUUCCUUGCAGAUUGCCUGAUCGCGACGAAAGGCGGGCGCUAUUCAAAGGAUUAUAUUAUACAACUCCAGGACCAAAUCGCCGAGUUGCGAAGCACUGUGGCAAAUAUGCAAGCAGCAUACGCCCAACCAAAAUCGCCGUCGCAACCCCUGCAUUGGCCGGCCGCAGUAUCGGUUUCGCCAUCCCAAGUUCAACCGCAACUACCAGUGCAGUUGCAAGCUUCCGAUUCUUUAGGCUCGCCCACGUUGAUGACGGACGACUCCAGCGCCAUUGGGGAAAGACCCAGCAAAGGGACACCAGAAUCGGAACCAGGUGAGAGCCUCAUCAGCCGCUUGUGCGAGGCCCAAGGACGACUCAAUAGCAAGGACGACGGCCAUCUACGAUAUUUCGGACCCACUUCUAGCCUCCAUCUGACGGAGAGCGUCACCUCGAUCUUCAAAUACUGCAGUGACGUCUCAAAAUUUGGAGCGGACUUUGAGAAGGACGUCCCCUGGGCGCUGCAACAGUAUCUCCUGGAUCUAUAUUGGAAAUAUCAGCACAACAUCCUGCAUAUUAUUCACAAGGAAGCCUUUAUCGCCGGGAUGCAGACGCAGCAAGGCCCAUACUUCAGCCGUUGUCUCUUGUUGUGUCUCCUGGCUUCCGCUGCUCGGAUCUCCGUGAGCCCGGAGAUCAGAGCUUUGUCUGUGCCGGCAGAUGACGACGAAACCGGCGAGAAGCCCAUAUUGACCAGGCAGGCUGAGGAAGCUUUGGAAGAAGAGCUCUUGAAUCCGGGGUUGACGACCAUUCAAUCGUUGAUGCUGCUUAGUAUCAUCGACUGCUGCCAAUCGAAUGACUCGCGGGGAUGGAUGCGAUCAGGUGCUCUACGCCCUUCUUUGCCCUUGAGCGCUCGAAUUGACCUGUGCCUAGGAAACGCAUGUCGGUUGGCUUUUGACCUUGGCCUUCACCAAAACUGGUCUCGGAUACCCAAUACGAAGCUCUCUGCACUCGACCUCGAGGUUAGACAGGUCAUACUUUGGGGCUGUGUGGGCUUUGAUAGACUAUGGUCGCUCUAUCUCGGGCGUCCACCUGUCAUCAAGUUGAGUGACGUCUCCAUUGACCGUCCGCACAGGAAUGCACCGACGUGGGACAUGAAGAUGUUUGCUGCUUGGGCCGAACUGCUCGAACUUUCAGGCCAUAUCAGCGAGAAACUAAAUACCAAUACUUGCUUCCAAGAACAGAUCGACUUCUUCACGGAGGCACUGCAAAGAUGGGAUGCAAGCCUUGAUCACACCCUGACAUUCUUUCCAAAUGCACCCCCUGGCAUAUAUUUGCUUCGAAUCCAAUAUUCGGCUUUGACGAUUCUGGUCAACAGGCACAACGCGGGAUAUGGCAAUCCGGAGAAGCGGAACUGUCAGAACUCGAAUAGGUCACGAAGGAUCUGCCUUGAACACGCUUUCACAAUCUCGAACCUGGUCCUAAACUAUGCGACUCAUCACGGUGAGGCCAACACAAUGCUCGGCUCGGCCUUGUACAAUAUUACCAUGGCCGCCACCAUCUUCGUCGCCGAAAUCAAUGAAAGGAAUCGACAAGAGGUGUCCGACGAGACGGCUGCCUUAGCAACGUGUCUGAAAGCCAUGAAAGAGAUGGAGAGCGCCGAGAUUGUCGCUCGAAAUCUCCGCAGGAUUCUACAGACCAUCAUGCGAGUGUGUCGAGUCUGCGAUGUUCCUGAUUUUGGCGAGCCAAUGGAUCCUCCCACCGAAUGGCAACGGCCAAAAACAGGUACAGCGCUCAGUGGCACUGAUGCAACAGUUACGACGCUUAUCGCCAAGCGAUUAGACGACAGCAUGAACGACAGCGACAAUGAUUUUACCUGCCUCAAUUUCGAUCCGGUGGCGUUCGACAGUGUAUUCCAGCUACCUUUUGACGAAGCCUUACUAGAUCCGUCCUCAGUGAGUGCAUUUCUGGCGCCUUGA